AUGGCCUCAACGCUGCCGCCUGCUCAAUUGGAGCAUGUUCUCCAACAACUCGUUAACAAUCUAGCCGACUUGCACAAAGUCUUAUCUGAUCAGCGAAAGCCUUGUCACACUGAGAAUGAGCAAGUGACUGCCCAAAAUUCUCCGGAGCCUGGAGGCGAUGCGGAAGGACUAAAAACACCACCACCACUCGAGACUGCAACAACGAUCUGCGCAGCAUCAACAGCCGAACCAAACCGCACUGACGAAGACGCUCCUGUGGUACACCUAACGGGCGCAAUAUCAGACGUUGCCGAGGAUGCUGUAGUGUCUGAACCGCUGCAGUCCGAUGCUUUCGUCCCCUUGCCAAGAAAUCUUAAUGAGUGGAUCGUCAGUCCUCUUCCCAACGGCAUCCGCCUGAAGGUGUUCCAAGCCAGUGGUACAAAAUGGCUCCAGGACCAUCCUUUGUUUGGCUUGAUGACGUUGAAACUAGACUUGAACAAAGCCGGCGCUUCAAGGUCCAUUCUUGAGGGAUAUACAGAAGACCCCAUCCACAUGGGCUUCUGGACACAGUACUUUGAGUCAGUAUACGCAAACUACACGUGCUUCGUCAGAACCAGGUUUCAGUUGGUCGAUAUUCCAGCCCUUGAGGGGGGAAAGAUGCGCGCGCACUCUACGUGUGCGUCAGUUCUAGGAUUCGCAGCUUCUGUCAGACCAACUUCAAAACCAUCCACCACGGGAGUCGCCAGCUUUUUCUCCCAGAUGUGGGGCCAUCAAGUUCCGGAGGCGUGUGCUACUCCUAGUAAUAAUUGUCGACGGAACAGGAUGGUGAAGUCACGGGUCCUCGGGAGAUCGACACUAAGCAUACCCGUAUUGGCCGCUCUAUCAAGUUGGCUUUCACCUGCAAGCUCCGAACAAAUCAUUCAGAUCAUUUCGUCCUACAUCCUUCCUCGCCACAUUGCAAUGCACCAACGGUCGCUUUAUUCAAUAUUUCCACGGCCGUCCACUCCAGCAGACUCAGCUCCCGAGUCUACGAGAUUCGUCUUCAACAUUAGCUAUUGGGUUCCGAUGAUACAUUUCCCGGACAUAGAAGAUCCACAAUCACACGAAGAAGGCCUAUUGAUAUGCAGGGAGCUCGGUAGUGUUUUUGGGCCGCAACAUCUCGCAGACGCUUCUGACACCGAUUCGACUCAACAGCAAUUUGGACAAGUCGGACCAACCGCUUUAGCAGCAGGUACCAUAGGAGGGUUAGGGUAUACCGUGACAGAUCUUCUCUUUUUACUCUUGAGGCGGAUCAAUUUUGUCCUGUUGGCAAAAUAUUCACCGUUACAGCGCACGCAAAACACGGUCAAGGAGAAGUGGAAAGAUCUCAUGUCGGAGGGACGGAGAUCUACAGUCCUUGAAAGAAGAUCAACGGUGGUGACGACUUUGAAUGAGAUCUCACCGCACUCGAAAUACACCAUUGUCAUAUUAUCCGAUGACAAAGUGGAACAGAAGUCUUCUUCGGAAGCACUCAACCAGCUACUGAUCAGAUGCGAUGAAAUAGAAGAACCCGCAAGACCCUCUGGAAUCAGCCACCAUUUACUCUUGGUUAGUACAACAAUGAGUACCUGGGAGCAACGCUGGCACGAGAUACUGGAUGUCAUUGAGGUUGAAACUUCGAUACAGAUGCAUGAAAUCCAGAACACCCAACGAUUGGAUGAACUGAUGUUCGAUCGGUCAUUCAGGCUUUCCAAGAAAUACUUUUCACUGCUUCAGUUUCUCAAACUUGCUUCCAAGUCCGUGGAAGAACCUACGUUUAAUUUCGAAGCAAGUCACCGGCACUUUCUCGAAAUAGUGACCUCUGCCGCUCAACACGUACACGACGAAGAAUGGAACGGUGUGAAAGACAGGUGGAACCAUGUCGCUACAUCAGUCGGUGUAGCGACGAGAAGGAUUCAAGAUCGCAUUGAGCAUCUAAUAGAAGAAGUCAAGACACAUCAAGAAAGUAUGUUCAACGCAACAUCUUUGCGAGAGACGAACAACGGCAUGGCGCUGAAUAGAUCUGUUUACGUGCUCACUGCCGUUACGAUUUUGUAUGCUCCAGUCGGAUUCAUGGCGCAAGACACUAAAUUCAUUAAGACGUUUUGGGCACUUCCAUUUCUGAAUAGCCCUGCCGAAGAGGGUCACACAAAGGUUCUUCAUGGAUUUUGGACAAGUUUCAUUACAAUCCCUAUCCUGACCUACUUCGUUUCUGUGUAUGCAUCUCUCUUCUUCGGAUCUUCGCGAUUCCGCAAGACUGAAAGCCAGAAUUUCAAAAUGCGCUGGGCGUAUUACUCUGAGUUACGUGGGUAUGUCCGAGACAUCCUCUCACAUUGCACAGGAUCUAUUCGAUUUUCGGUACGAGGGAUUUAUCGGCAGAGGCCAGCGGCCAUGUUUGGCCCAGCUCCAGCUCGGACUUAUGACAUCACGGGGACAAGAGAAGAUGGAAUCGAGACGCAGCUAGGUUCCGAAGGUGUCUGA